AAGAAAAUGAGAGGAGGACACUGCGUAACCGCGUAACGUAUAGAAUUGCAAAUCAAAAGGAAUAUGUAUGGCAGGCUCUAGAAGACAGGAAGGAUCGUGGAAUCACCAUACUGAAAAUGGCCUUUUGCAGAGCAUUAUUUGAUGCCAUAAGGAGUCUCAAUUCUAAGGCUGUUGAAGAUGGUGGUGCCACAGAGUUUCAUGAGAUGGUAGAAGACAGUGAAUGCCCUGCUUGUCCACUUGCAAGAUCAGAAAAUGAUAGGAAUGAGAAUGAGGUUCCGGAGUUGCGCCAGCCAGCCUUAAAAGUUUUGGAUGUGUCGCAUAACUGGCCAAGAAACACUUCUCCACCAUGUAUGAUAUGGAGCAAGGCAGUCAAGGAAGGGAGGAUCAGCUGCAUGAGGGAGCUUCUGGAUCGUUAUCCUGAGACAGCGAUGGAUAUCACACCAACAACAAGAGAGACACUGCUUCACCUUGCGGUCAAGCAUGGUCACUGUGAUGUGGUCAGGUGGUUGGUCGAAACACUUAAAAGGACUGCUUGUUAUGGAGAUGUCAUUAACGGGAAGGAUUGCAGUGGCGAUACAGUUCUGCAUCUUGCAACCUCCAGCAAACAACUUCAAACUUUAAAAUUGUUACUGGAAAGCCCUACUCACACUGGCAUGGUUGAGGUAAAUGCAAGAAACCAUGGUGGUUUUACAGCUUUGGACAUAUUAGAUGUCCUACCAGAAGAUAGGGAGGUUGACGUUGAAAUUGAAAAAAUUCUUCGAAGAGCAGGAGCUUCAAGAGGCAGGGACAUGGUCGAACAGAAGCUUGACAGUAGCAACCAUGAGGUUCAUAUUGAUCUUGGUAACCAGUGGCACCAUCAGCCAUUACCUCCACAUCAACAGGUAAUUAUCAGGUCUGAAUUUCUUACCGCUAAGUAUCACGAACUAUUGCUCACAGCAACUCUGUUAGCAACAAUGACCUUCCAUGCUGCAUUAAGAGCUCCCAGCAACACCACCUCUAUAGAAAAACAAGAUGCAGAAACCAACCAUCUAUUCAUCUUGUUUAAUUCAAUUGCCUUCUUUACGUCGUUGGCAUUAAUUACCAUCCUCACACAUGAACUUCCUAUCAAGCCAUGGCUACUAAUUCUGUUAUUUUCAACAACUGGAGCUUACAUGUGUUUAAUAAAGGCUACAUCACCUCAUGAAGUUGUCAGUGUGUCCAUCAUAGGAAGUUCCAUCUUGUUAGCAACCUUCAUCAGAUGUCUGGCUUUGGACAAGAUUCUGCUUGAUUGUCUGCAAUUAAUUUGCAGUAGAAUUCAAGUUAUAUAAAAGCAUCUUCUGCUGCUGUUUCUUACAACUUAAAAUGAGCGCUAGCUUGUUAAAGUUUUCAAUUGAUAUUAUCUAAUGCCAGAACUCAAUAAUUCAUCAUAUUGUAACAUAUUUAAGUAUUGUUAAUCCUGUUACCCAAAGGCAUAGCCAAAUGGAUGUAAACAAACUAUAAAUUGUUAGUAUUGUGGAUUGCUUUAUUUGAAGCUUUUAAGCGAUAUGGUGAAAUUGCAGAGGAAGUUUGGCCACUGCCAAUUAUAUCUCCAAUUUAGUAAAUAACAUACACGCUCUUCUUUUUUUUUUAA